CAAUCUAAGCAGCGGAUUGACGAAAGCCAUCGCAGAAAAAUUCAAACUUCAAACUUGAAUUUUCAAGCACAAAUAGUUGAAGCCAAUUUUGGCAAAAUCAUACCAAAACUACAAAACCCAGAAAAUUAACAAGGUUUUAUAAAUAAGUUCCAUUUCUUCUUUUUCUAAAAUUUAUUUUUGUGAAAGUGGGAAUGGUAUUGAUACAGCAAGAAGAAGAAAUAAGAAGUGAAAGAGGAAAGAAGGGAAUGCGAGUUGGGAAAUACGAACUUGGAAAAACUUUAGGAGAAGGUAAUUUUGGCAAAGUUAAGUACGCAAAACACAAAGAUUCUGGCCAAUCUUUUGCUAUCAAAAUUUUGGAGAAAAAUCGAAUUCAAGAUCUUAGAAUCACCGAUCAGAUAAAGAGGGAGAUUAAAACCUUAAAAGUCCUCAAGCAUCCAAAUGUGGUCAGAUUAUACGAGGUCUUAGCAAGCAAAACCAAGAUUUACAUGGUGCUGGAAUAUGUAAAUGGUGGUGAAUUAUUUGACAGAAUUGCUUCUGAAGGAAAACUAGCAGAAACACAAGGCAGAAAACUCUUUCAACAAUUAAUUGAUGGUGUUAGUUAUUGCCAUGACAAAGGUGUCUUCCAUAGAGACCUCAAGCUAGAGAAUGUCCUCAUUGAUGCAGAAAAAAACAUAAAGAUUACAGAUUUUGGACUAAGUGCAUUACCUCAACACUUAAGGGAUGACGGCUUGUUGCAUACAACAUGUGGUAGCCCCAACUACGUUGCUCCUGAAAUUCUUUCUAACAGAGGAUACGAUGGCGCGACAUCAGAUACAUGGUCAUGUGGAGUCAUCUUAUAUGUCAUUCUCACUGGUUUUUUACCCUUUGAUGAUAGAAAUCUUGCAGUUCUUUAUCAAAAGAUUUUUAAGGGGGAUGCACCAGUACCAAAAUGGUUAUCUCAAGGAGCAAAGAAUCUUAUAAAGAGGAUUCUUGAUCCAAAUCCGCAUACUCGCAUAACAAUGGCAGAGAUUAAAGAGGAUGAGUGGUUCAAACAAGACUAUACUCCUGCUAAUCCUGAUGAAUAUGAAGAUUUUGAAGAUGAUCAUGCAUCCUCAGAUGAUGAAGUGUUGACAGUACAUGAAGCACCACUUGAUACAGAAAGAGAUCCAGAAUCACCUUCUGUUAUCAAUAAUGCCUUUCAGCUAAUUGGGAUGUCCUCAUGUUUUGAUCUUUCUGGAUUUUUUGAAAAUGAGGAUGCCUCUGAGAGGAAGAUCAGAUUCACAUCUAAUCUCUCUCCAAAAGAAUUGCUAGAGAGGAUUGAGCAUUUAGCAGUGCAAAUGGGAUUUCAAGUCCAGAAAAAACCUGGAAAGUUGAAAGUAUUGCUAGAACACAAAGGUCAAAAAACUCAAGCCAGUCUUUCAAUAGUAGCAGAGGUUUUUGAGAUUAGCACAUCCUUGUAUGUUGUAGAGUUACAAAAAUCUUCAGGGGAUUCUACGGUAUAUAGAGAGUUAUGCAAUAGGUUAUCAAAUGAAUUGGGUGUCCAGCAAAGUCAAGAGCUCUUGCCCACCAAAUUAUGAAAGUUGGAACUGUUGCGAAUGGUCAAGUCCAUUCUUUAUUAUCCGGGAACAAAGAAUUUACCUCAAGAGUUGAGAGUAAUAAAGUAGAAGACUGUAAAUGAGAUGCAAGUAUAAAUAUGUCAUUUUGUAAUGCUCAUACAACAGUUGUUGUAAGAAAUUAUAGUCCUCGUUAAAUAAAAGUUCCGUUCUUUUUGCCCCUA